AUGUUUUCAAAUAAAUUUCAACAUGUUGUUCAAAAUAAAAUUUCAAAAUGUCUUGAUCAAGUAAUUGUUGAAAUUCAACAACAACAAAAACAACUUGUUAUUUAUGCUCAAUCAGAAAUGGAAAAUAAUGUUGCUAAACUUGAUACAAAACAAUCUUCAUCAAUUGAUCGAAUCGAAAUAGAACAAAAACCUCUUGUUGAUAUUAAUUUAGGAAGUGAACAUGAUUUGGAUGAUUGUAUUCAUCAACGUGGUCCUAAACGUGGUGCAGAAAAAGCAAGUCUACUUACUCCAAUUGAAGAAGAACGUCAACAACAACUUUAUGCUGCUUCUAAUACACAAACAGCAAAUUUACCUGAUCAACUUGAAAAAGAACUUAAUGAACGACAAGAACAUAUUCUUGAAAGAGGUCGUCAACUUUUGAGUGAUUUAAUUAUAAAAGCUGUACCAAUUGAAUCAUCAAAAUCAACUUACGUCGAAUGGCAACUUUUAUCUACUUAUCAACCAACAUCAGCAUCAUGUAAAACAGAUGAAAGUCCAGGUGAAGUUAAUGAUUUUAAUAAUACAAAUAAUGGUCAAACACAUACAUAUAAUGAUCAACAAUACCAACAAAAUGAUUGUUCAUUAUCAUCAUUAAUUCCACCACAACAUAAAUCUAAACAAACAUGUCUAAAAACAAAAGAAAUUAGUUGUACAACAGAUGAUGGUUUUUGGAUACAAAAACAAUAUUAUAAUGAAUUAGAUGAUACAUCAAAAGAAUUAUUUGAUUCAUUAAUGGAUAAAUUAGAAAAAAUUCGUAUAGCCAAUGAAGAAAAUGCAGCUAAAAAACAACAACAUCUUGUUGAAAGAACAAGAUCAAAUAAAUCAUCUGUUUUUAAUUCAACUAUUUCAUUAUCAACAAUAACACAAUCAAAUGAUGAAAAAGAUUUAACAAUUAAAUUAACAGAAGAUGAACAAAAUAAUAAGGACUACAUCAUCAAUUAUUUUGGCUUUACGUAUAUCACUGAAUUAUUGCUUGGUGGGAUUGCUCAAAUGACAACUGUGAUAAACCAAUCAUCGAUUGUUCCAUUACAACAGGAAGGUAUAAGUGCCACAGAGAUGGUUCAAUUGUCAUUUAGCAAAAUAUUUAAUUUCAACUACAACGAAAAUGAAAUGGAGAACUUGAGCAAAUUUGAAACAUUUCAACGCUAUGUUAAAUCAUCGAUGGCAACCACUAUUGGUGGUGAGAUAUACAAGAACGAUCAAAAGCUUAAUGAAUGGUUUCAGACAAUUCGUGACAAUCCAGUUAUAAUAAAGUUCACCAUUCAAUCUAUUUUCGAUUUGAUAACACCUGAACGUUUUCCCAAUGACACUAAUAUUCAAGAGAAAGCAGGUUACAUCAUGCAAGCACUCGAAGAGUAUGUCAACAAGACGUCUACAGUCUAUUGUGAAAAUCAAUGCACAAAUGCAGCACAGGGUACCUGUCAACCAUUGGGUGCCUAUGCUUAUGGUAUAUGUGUAUGUUCAAAUGGAUUUUCGGGCUUUGAUUGUAGUCGUCCGCCUCCACCCACUACGACAACGGUUGCUCCAACAGUCUAA